UAUUGGCGUCGUCGAGCAACGAAGCAGGUGGGCGACAGCAUGGAGGGCGCAGGCGGCGGAAACUCGUUGCCGUCGACGUCGGGAGCGGACGCGGUGAAACGGAGGGUUAGCUACUUCUACGACCCGGAUGUGGGGAACUACUACUACGGUCUGGGACACCCGAUGAAGCCCCACCGGAUCCGGAUGACCCACGCUCUCCUCGAGAAGUACGGCCUCCUCGACCGCAUGAAGGUCAUCCAUCCCCAGCUCGCCCGCGAUCGCGACCUCUGCGCCUUCCACACCGACGAAUACGUCGCCUUCCUCCAAUCCGCCAAUCCCGAGACCCUGACCAACCCCUGCGUCGCCCGCCGCUUCAACAUCACCGACGACUGCCCCGUCUUCUACCGGCUCUUCGAGUUCUGCCAGACCUACACCGGCGCCUCCGUCGACGCCGCCAAGGAGCUCAACCGCAGCAACGCCGACAUCGUCAUCAACUGGUCCGGCGGCCUCCACCACGCCAAGCGCUCCGAGGCCUCCGGCUUCUGCUACGUCAACGAUAUCGUCCUCGCCAUCCUCAAGCUUCUCGAGAAUCACGACCGUGUUCUCUACGUGGACAUUGAUAUCCACCAUGGAGAUGGUGUCGAGGAGGCUUUCUUCACAACUGAUAGAGUAAUGACAGUCUCAUUCCACAAGUUUGGAGAAUAUUUUCCUGGGACAGGACAUUUACUCGACAAUGGCUAUGGGAAAGGGAAAUAUUAUGCUGUAAAUGUCCCUUUAAAUGAUGGAAUUGAUGAUGAGAGCUACCAUUAUCUAUUCAAACCUAUCAUAGCAAAAGUUAUGGAAGUUUUCAACCCUGAUGCUGUGGUGCUUCAAUGUGGUGCCGACUCCUUAUCUGGAGACAGGUUGGGUUGUUUCAAUCUUUCUGUCAAAGGCCAUGCAGAGUGCGUAAGAUACCUUCGAUCUUUUAAUGUGCCACUGAUGCUGCUUGGUGGAGGUGGCUAUACAUUACGUAAUGUUGCUCGCUGUUGGUGUUACGAGACUGGAGUCGCCCUUCAUGUUGAAGUGAAUGACAAGAUGCCUGAUCAUGAAUAUCUCGGGUACUAUGGCCCAGACUAUAACAUCCAUGUCGCAACAAGUAAUAUGGAAAAUAAGAAUUCACGCAAGUCAUUGGACGAUAUAAAAGCCAAGAUACUAGAUAAUCUUUCGAAGCUCCAACAUGCUCCGAGUGUGCAAUUCCAGGAAUGGCCAACUGAUACGGAGCUUGAUGAGGAAGAUGAGAAUCAGGAGGAGACAAAUGAAGAUCUUAAUUCUGACACAGCCAAAUUGCUUUGAACAUCAUGGUGCACAUGUUUCUGAUGAUAGUCCAUGCAGAGAUUUGCUCAUUUUCAGUCAUAGGAGACCUCCAAAUGACAUCCACAAUCCAAGUGUUGUAGCCUAAAUUGUGAAUAUGCUCUGUGCAGUAACUUAGAUUGAAUUAGACUAUCUUCUUCAAGCGGAUUAGGUGAUGCCAAUCUUCUUUUAGCUCUUCAAGUGACUUUGACAGUGUUCAGCUAACGGAUGUUCAUUUGUAACAUUCCUGUGUACAGAUUGACUUUCUCAAUGAACCAUCUGUUUAGCUGACCUGUUUUCUCUUGUUUGGAGUCUCUUUAAAAGUCAAA